UUUCUGCGUAUAACGAAACGCAACAAGUCUGAAGUUUGCGCGGUUGCCGCCAUGAUGGCUCAGACGCCAUCUUAUUUAGUGGUGUGCGAGCGUCCUUCCGUGGAACCCGCGUUAUAACCUCAAAGCCAACAGUCCACUGAUUAGGAAAUGGCGCCAAAGAAGAAAAAAGCCACUAAAGAAGAGAUUCUACAAAAAAAAAGGGAAGCAGAGCGAAAGCGAUAUGCGAAGAUUAAAAACGAUCCUCAGAAAAGGGAAGAACUUAGAGAAAAAGAACGUCUUAAGUACCUUAAGAAAAAAGAAAAGGGAACUAGAAAGCUUGUUGAGAAUAUGACUCCACGAGAACACCGAGACGCUAAAAAGAAAUGGAAACAGCACUGCACCAAGUAUCGCAGUAAGAAAAAAGUAUUAGCAAACAUUACUAACUCAUUUAUUAAAGAAAAUACUCCAGAUUCUGACGUAUCUGCUUCAUGUCAAAUGGAAGUUGCUGAAAGAAAUAAUAAAAAUAAAGAAAAAAUGCUUAGAUAUAAAAUUAAAAAGAAAAAAGAUGAAGAAAUUAAAGAACUGAAGAGGAAAGUAUUAAAGUACAAAAAACGUUUAUCGCGAUUAAAAAAGAGUACAAAUCCAAAGCCUACAGAUACACCAAAUACAAAAUUACAAAAAAUGGCAGACAAUCCAGAAUCAAGAAAAGAUCUUGUAAAAAAAGCUCUUUUCGGUGAAGUACUAAAACAACAAAUAGAAGAUAAUUUUUCAGAGAUGAAGACCGUAAAAGAAAAAAGACUUUUAACAAAAAUGGUUACUGGAAAGAUAGUUGAUAAAUAUAAGUUAUGGCGAAUGAAAAACACAGGUGUGAUAAGCUACAAAAGAAUAAAAAAGGCAAAAAUAGGUCAUCGACUGGAAAGAAGAAAGAAAAUUUCCGAUAAAUGUGUAAGAGCAGUUGUUAAUUUCUAUGAAGAUGAUUCUAAUAGUAGGCUAGGCGCUGGAAAGAAGGAAUUUAUAACAAGAAAAUCAGAACGAAAACAAAAGCGAUACAUGCUUGACUCAUUACUAGGGUUGUACGAAAAAUUCAAACUAGAGAAGAGAAAUUUUACACUAAGUUAUCAAACUUUUUGCAAACUGCGACCUUUUUGGAUUGUCAUGCCCAAAGUUGAUAAACGUGAUACUUGUUUGUGUAUAAACCACGCAAACAUAGACUUAAAAGUAUCUGCUUUAUUCAAUGCAAAAAUUUUAAAUUAUAACAGCUAUCAGAAAUUGCUUCAGGAACUAUGUUGUGACCGCUAUAAUGAGAAAUGUUUGUCGAGAGACUGUCAAAAGUGUUUUAAUAAUAAUCCUUUUUAUAAAGAAUUUAAUAACAUGAGACGUAUCAAUUAUAAGAAAUGGAUAUCUGAAAAAGCCGACUUCAUAGACCCAAAAUCCAAAAAGACUCGUCGAGUAACCAAAUACGUUAAGAAAUCCUUCGAUGUGAAACCGCGCGAUCUCAUUAUAGAAUUGCAAGAUGAGCUAGAGACAUUUCUUCGUCACGAAAGAAAUAUUGUACAUCAGUUCAGUGCAAUAAAAAAACUUAAAAGUAUGCUGACUGAAGAAGAUGCUCUCAUUCACAUGGAUUUUUCUGAGAAUUAUAUAACUAAAUAUUCUCAAGAAAUUCAAGCUUUUCACUUUGGCGGUUCACGCACACAAAUUAGUUUGCACACGGUUGUAGUAUACUUGAAAGACACAACAAAAUCUUACUGCACAAUUUCUACGAAUGUUUCUCAUUCUCCAGCUGCUAUUUGGGCUCACCUUAAUCCAAUUUUUAAUGCUUUGCCACCUCAAAUUAAACACCUGCAUUUUUUGAGUGAUGGUCCAGUUACUCAGUACAGAAAUAAAACCAUGUUUUACAUUAUGGCGACGAAAAUAUCAAAGAGAUUUCCAUAUGUGCAAAAUUUUACUUGGAACUAUACGGAAAGUGGCCAUGGUAAAGGCGCUCCAGACGGCGUUGGAGCUACCUGCAAGAGGACUGCAGAUGCCCUGGUCGCUACUGGAGGUGAUGUCGAGAAUCUGGAAAAAUUUGUAGAAGCCAUUGAAAAGAGAUGUCCUGCAAUUAGUUUGAGCAUUAUACCAGAUGAAGCAAUUGAAGAAAUGAGCACUGAAAUCGAUCGAGAAGUAACCAAAAUGAAAACUUUCGUUGGCACCCUCAAAGUCCAUCAAGUCACUGGAAAAUUCUUUAAUCCAACAGGAAUAAAAUCAAAUUCUACUGAAAUAGUGAUGAAAACUUUAAGCUGUUUUUGCGACAAUGAUUAUUGUGUGCACUUUAAUAUCGGAAAAAUAAUUUAUGAAGACAAGCCAAAACUUAAUGUAGAAGAUGUGUACACUGAUUCAGAAUCUGACAAUGAGGCUGGACCUAGUUCUGCUGUAGUACAACCAUUCAAAACUGGAGAUUAUAUUGUUGUGAAAUUGCUUAGCAAAACAAAUAUGGAAUAUAGAUAUGUGAGCAUAAUUGACAAGAUUGAUGAAGAAGAUGGCGAAAUCCGGGUCACAUUCCUAAAGCUCUGUGAUAAUAAAGGCCAAUUAUUUAGAUACGAUGCUGAUGAUGUGUCAGACAUUACAAUGGACCAAGUGGUACAAAAGCUGUCUAAUCCAAACAUAGUUUUAAAAGGCAAUAGAAUAUUUUAUAAGUUUGAUUUACCUGUAGAUGUUUUCGAGAAAAAAUAAGACUUUAAGUACAAUUUUUAUUAUUUUGCUAUAUUUUAGAAAUUACUAAAUAUUUUUGAGACUGAUUCUGUAGUGUAAGUUUAAUUCAAAGUACUGAAAGUAUUUUCAAAUAUGUGAUUUAAUAAAGUAAAUAUUAAGAUUACAGUGCUAAGUACAAUGUUACAGAAAGAUAGUUGAUUCUUUAUUUCUCAGUUACUUAAUUCUUAAGCUCCAAAGUUUAUGAUACUAAUAAAACGUUUAAUUUCACUACUAAAAUUGUAUAUUUUAUUUAAGUUCACAGUCCCCUGGCUUUGGCAACAGUCCCCUGUUUAUUUGUUUCAGAAAAUACUUAAUAUUUCCUAAAGUAAUGGGAAUAUUUGUGGUUCAUCUUCUGUAUAUUAAUAUAUAGGCAAAUACUUACUUCCUAAAGAAAGUUUAUUAUAUUAUGAGCAAAAAAGUAGCUGAGACAGUUUCAUUGCAUGAGUUGCCCAGUUUACAGAGAAACGCCCAUAUGUU